AUGUCCGAUAUGACAAAAACUGAGGACUACCAGUGCGAGCCAAAUAGUCCUGGUAAAUAUUCCCCUUUCUUUAUGAUGAAAAAGAUAACACCACGAAAGUUUGGGUUGAACGUAAAGAAGGCGCCAAGUACAUCUAAACCAGGCAGCAGUGCUCUUGGUUCGGUGUUUGGCGACACUGCCAUGCCAACGAUCGACCCAGGCCCGUCCAAAAAUCCACAGCAGCAUAUCGCACUCCCGACCAAACCCCGCUCCACUGAAAAGCCCGCUGCUGAUUCACAGCCAGCAGACUCCAGUGCCUAUGCCUACGACGAGUUCUAUGACAGUAUCCAGAGUGCACGCGACCACAUCAAAAAGAAAAAAUCCAGCGACAUGAGGCCGCGCUACAUGGAAAAGCUCAUCGAGACGGCGAAGCAGCGGCAAACACAGCAAGAGGUGGCAAAGGAGCGACUCCUUGCAAAGGAGCGGGAGCGCGAAGGAGAUCAAUACGGUGACAAGGAAGUGUUUGUCACCAGCGGGUAUAAGGAGAUCAAGGAAGAGCGGCAGCGCAAGGUCAAGGAGGAAGAGGAACAGGAACGGGCAGAGGAGAGCCGGAAGAAGAAGGGAAUGAGCGGAUUUUACCGAGGGUUUCUUGACCAGAUUGAGCGCGAUGACCUGAGCAAGGUUGCUGAGAAGAUGGACGGGCAAUCGAGCGAGGCAGCUGCUAGUGGCUGGCAGGCAGAGCCGGACAUGGGUCGGAAUGCUAUGAGACCCAGGCCACUCGCAUCCGGCGACCCGCCGCUGCCACGCAGCCAACCGAGAAAGCCAAGCCGCGGCGCAUCUGAGCGGAGUAGAGGCUACAACCGACCAAGCAACAGAGACACGUACAGCCAGAUGGCUGAGCGACAGGAGAUUGAGCGACAGGAAAAGCAAGCCACGAAAGAUAAAGCUAGAGAGGACACUCUGCGCAAGUCUUUUGCAAGGCGCAACGAUGAGUCGGCAGUGGAGGCGGCCAGGCAACGCUACAUUGAACGUAUGGCGGCACAGGGUAGAAGGGUAACCACGCGCUGA